CGCGGCGGCCCAGCGCUGCCAUUGUUACUCCGGCCCGCGGCCACUCAGGCCGAGGCGGCAGCUGCCGCCGUGGGGAGCAUGGAGGGGGAGAGCACCUCGGCCCUGCUCUCCGGCUUCGUCUUUGGCGCCCUCGCCUUCCAGCACCUCAACACCGACUCGGACACUGCUUCCUCCUUGGAGAAGUGAAAGGUGAAGCCAAGAACAGCAUUACUGACUCUCAGAUGGAUGAUGUUGAAGUUGUUUAUACAAUCGAUAUACAAAAACAUAUUCCAUGCUAUCAACUUUUCAGCUUUUAUAACUCUGCGGGUGAACUGAAUGAGCCUGAAUUGAAGAAAAUAUUAUCAGGUUGCAAAAAGAAUGUGAUAGGCUGGUACAAAUUCAGACGUAAUACAGACCAGACAAUGACAUUCCGAGAGAGACUUCUUCACAGGAAUUUACAGUCAUACUUAUCAAAUCAGGGUCUUGUCUUUCUGUUACUAACUUCCAGUGUAACUACAGAAAGCUGUUCCACUUACAGAUUGGAACAUGCUUUGCAUAGACCACAAGAGGGUCUUUUCCAGAAAGUUCCUCUGGUAGUUGCCAACUUGGGUAUGGCAGAACAGCAAGGUUACAGAACUGUGUCUGGCUCCUGUAUUUCUGAUGGCUUUGGCAGAGCAGUAAUAAAACACAGGUCAGAAUUUUUUUAUGAAGAUGGAUCACUAAAAGAGGUUCAUAAGAUUAAUGAAAUGUAUGCCACCUUGCAGGAGGAACUGAAGAAGAUAUGUUCUAAAGUAGAGGGCAGCGAACGAUCAGUAGAGAAACUUCUAGCAGAAGUGGACCAACUAAAACAAGAAAUAAAAAGAAAAAAGGAGCAGACACGAACUUCAGGAGAGAAGUGUGUUUCAGAUGAACCAAAGGAGAAUGUUUUCCUUUGUCAAGCUUUACAAACGUUUUUCCCAAAUUCUGGACUUCAGACCUGCCUUGUUUCCUUAAAAGGCAGGCAGAUUUCUAAACACUGCUGUAACACUGACCACAAAAUAAAUGUAAUGGACAAACUGACUCUAAUGCAAGAAGACAGUGACUUUCCUGAAGCUGGAACAAGGCAGAUAACCAAGCGUAAAGCUAAUGUGACCACAGCUGGAUCAAAACCAUUCAAGAAAUCACGCUCAUUGCAACUUCACCAUAAGUUACUUAAAGGGGACCAAGACAACAGAGACCAAGAAGGAAAGCUUGCAAUGAGUGGUACUGAAACAGAUGAGGAAACUUUGGAGAAACUUAAGGACACUAAUGAAUAUCCACAAUCGCCAACUUUUUAAUCGUUUUGGGCCAGGUGUAGGAUUUUCCUCAGGGUGACUACUGCUGCACCAAAAAACUGCUGCCAGCACAUUUACUAUGUUCCAUCAAUUGACAGCAGGGCUAAACUAACGUAUUUAAGUAUCAUUUUGUAAAAAAUUUUAAAUGUAAAACAGUUUUUUUAAAAUGCAGGUAUCUUAUUUGGAAAAUAGAGAGUCCAGAUUACAUUCCCUCACUCUGCAUUCCCUUUCUCUCAGGGCUCACAGUAGGAAGAAUAGUAGUAGAGUAUAGACAUUGAAAACUGAAGAGCUGCUGCAGCUGUCAGAGUUGAGAUGUGCUUUACCUUGCCUUUUUAAGUGAUGCUGUGUACUUACUGUUUAAGGAGGCUACCACCACAUUUAGGCUUUGCUCAGCAGCAGCUGACGUAUACAGUGUCAAAGCAGCUUGGUAUGUGGGUCUGCUACAAUGUUAUGUUAACAGCAAAAGUUGCUUUGUCUUACUCUAAUCACUUGCUCUCUUGCAUUCUGACCAUUUAUAUCUUGGGUUUUAUUUGCAAAUGGCUCCUAUGAUGAGCAAGUUUAACUCCAUAUUUUCCCUUACUUCAAACUCAGAAAGGUAUGGAGUAGGGUCCUGCUGCAUUUUAAGUUCAGGUUAUAAUGCAAGGAAAACAGCACACAAGUGUUUCGAGAAGUUUCCUACAGGUUUUACGUUUUCUCUAUUGCAAACAUGGAGAACUUUCUCUCCUUAGGAGUGCUCAAUUCUGUUAUUUGUUAUAGUGUGUAAUAUCUCAACUUCUUUCUGGCAGU